AUGGCGGACAUUGUGGACAACGACCCGGUGCAGAAGGAAGAGGAGGAAGACGACGAUGAGAACGUUUUCGACAUCGCAUUGAACCCCGGCGGCGACGAAGGCAGCUCAUUCCGCACCAAAAACGACCCGGCAGCGCCCUACCAGCGGUCCAAUGUCACCGAGCGCAAAGGCGCACUCGACAUCCGCUGCACCUGUCUGGACGUCAUCCACGGCCUCGUGAGCCCCGAAGCCGAAGAGUUUGCGACCCUCAUUGUCCUCAAAUUCAAGUUCGACAGCCGGAAGACAGCAAGGCGCAUUUCUGCAGUGAAUAUCACUCUCCAGUUUGCACCUGAGCAGGCCGGAGACCCCGAGCCCGUGGUUUCCCAGAUCGCACCCUACGACAGCAUGGUUAUGGUUGAGACGAAGCAGACGGAAGACGAGAAAAGAUCAGCAAGCGUCAAGCUGGGUGCCCCUCCUCUUGCUGGCGUAGAGUUAGGAACCGACUUGGGCUGGGAAAAAAGCGUCAACCGCGAGACUACGGACGCGACGAAAGUCAUCGGUUCCAUUGACCUGCUGGGGAGGAACUACGGGGAGGCGGACAGCGCAUCUUGGACACUUCUCGAGAACAGUACCACCGAGACCGGAGUCCCCUCGACCAUGCGCACGGCGAUCCUGCUGAAGAGGCAGGACGAGAAGCCUUUCCGCUGUGAUUUCAAAAUCGAAGCCAAGGUCGAUCCCAUGAGCUCCAUUGAGAGGAAGCUUCAGAAGCUGUUUGGGGGAAGGCCGAAGGACGAUCCUCUCCUGUUCGAUCCGCAACUCCCGCCUACCAAUAAGUUGCAGACGUACGAUCUUACGGCACUUGGAUCCGUGGACCUUGGCGCCCUCUCGGGCGUGACUUUCCAGACCGUGCUUGACUCAGCAGUAAAGCAUAUUUAG